AUGGGCCCCGCCGGGCCGCGUAUCUCUCGGGGACCCUGCGGCCAACACUGUCUUUUAGAGCCGGGGAUGGGGGAGUGGAGGGGGCCCUGUUGCCCUAGAGGCCUCGGGACCCUUCCCUUGCCCACCCCCACUCCGGCCGCGGCGGGCAGGAGCAGUCUGCGGAGUUCUGGCCCAUCUGUCACUCUGUCCCGGGACGCUGUGAUCCACGGCGGUGGGGGAGGGGGAAGGGGGAGGGACAAGCAUGGCUCGGGUGAAGUUUUAAACUCUGUUCUUCUCUCUUGCCUUUCUUUGGGGACAUUCUCCCCUUUGGGAUCUGUCCUGGACUUCGCAGGCUGCGAGAACUUGUUGACAAGUGAAAGCUCGGUAGAGCCCCGGCUUGGUUUGUGGUCUGUUUAUUUUUUGCAAAGUGACUGUUCCUAUUUGCGCUGGUCCUUAUCGGUGCCCCUUUGGGGGACUUCGGCACUGAUCAGCGCGCUGACAGCCGCCGUCCAGGCUGCGGGAAAAUGGGGCGCGCCCUCCGGGGGGCGAGUGGCUGUGUCCAUGCUAAUUUCCUCCGUAACCUUUAAACUCUCGCUGGAAGCUACCGCCGCGGCUGGUCACGUGAGGCGAGCCCUGGGCUGCUGGGGAAAAAUUUCCUCGGCUGGGAGCCGGGACCGGGCCGGCGGCCGGCGAGGGACUGCCCCGCGCCCGAGACUGGGAACCCGGGAGGGCAGGGCCGGAGCGCUGGGCCCCGGGGCGCGGCCCAGCUGGGACACCCGCGAAGACGGCGGCGGUGAAAAGGUCGGCUCCGCUGCCGGGGAGCUGGGGAUUAUGCAAGUGGGGAAAGAAAACCUCCGCCCUCGCCCUUCUGCCAAGUCAAGUCUGGGAAUUUGGCAUGUGAUGGAAGGCAGUGGCAAAUAUGGCUUGAUCUUCUGAAAAUGCAUUUGGGAAGCAGAGCCAGCACCAAAGUGAGAUGAGUGAGAUACUUUUCAGUGGCAAAAUGUAAAGGGUACCAAUAAACGUAAUCAACAUAAAGAUUUAAUACAAUUUUUUAAAAAUAAAAAUGUGAGAAUCCAGAAUGGACACAAUAUCCACAUUUUAAAUAAUUUUAAAUAUUGCACUAAAAGAUUUAUACUACUGAGUUUAUUGGCACCUGUUAAAUUUUGUACCUGAGCCGAGUGCGUCACUCAUCUCACCCUAGUCCUGAUCCUGUUGGGAAGUCUGGAAAGUCAAGGAUUUCAUGGAGUUAGGGAUCCUUGACUAAUUGGUGCUUCAUAUGUUCUCAUUACUUGCUUUGGGUAAGUCUUGUACAGGCAGGAGCCACCAUGCCCAGCCCCCAAAUAUAUUAAAUAGGGUCUGUUACCAUCUCAGUGACUGUCUUAAAACAACCUACAAACUUCCAGCACCAUUUCCUAGCAUGCUGGCUCAGCAGACUGUUAGUCCGUGUAAAUCACCAGACUGCAAUUCUCAAGGGCGACCAAUGCUUGUCUCCUUUCCAUUACAGCAACUCUUUUGGAGCAAGGGUAAUAAAAGACUUUGUCAAACAAAAUACAUGUUUUGUAUUGGAUUAAUGUUUACAUAAAAAGGGAGAAUGCUGGUAGUCUGCAUGCAAACACUGCUAGUUUCCUGCCCUUAUUACCUCCUUAUUUCUAAAUAAAUCUCUCGCCUUCCUACUCUCAAACUUGGCCAAAUGAAAAGUUGAA